GAAGACAACAACAAGUCCGAGAGCGAAGUGCUCGGUCAUUGUGUGUGUGCUCGGUCAUUGUGUGUGUGCUCGGUCAUUGUGUGUGUGCUCUCUCGGUUUUAAACUCUCGGUUUGUCACCAUGAGGAUUUCUCUGCUGCUCGCCUUCGCGGGGUUCGUCCUGACCACCGAGGCGCUGAUCCGUAUCCCCUUAAAGAAGUUCCGUUCCAUCAGACGCGAGCUGACGGACUCGGGGAAGCGAGCAGAGGAGCUCCUGGCCGACAGACACUCCCUUAAGUACAACCUUGGCUUCCCCUCCGGCAAUGGACCCACUCCAGAACUCCUGAAGAACUACCUUGACGCCCAGUAUUACGGUGAGAUCGGCCUGGGCACGCCUCCUCAGCUCUUCACCGUUGUGUUUGACACGGGCUCCUCCAACCUGUGGGUGCCCUCCGUUCACUGCCAGAUCUUAGACAUCGCCUGCUUGCUUCACCACAAAUAUAACUCUGCCAAGUCCAGCACAUACGUGAAAAACGGGACCGCGUUUGCCAUCCAGUAUGGAAGUGGCAGCUUGUCGGGCUUCCUCAGCCAGGACACAUGCACAAUCGGAGACUUAUCCGUGCAAAAUCAGCUUUUCGGAGAAGCCACCAAGCAGCCCGGCGUGGCCUUCAUCGCAGCCAAGUUUGACGGGAUCCUCGGCAUGGCCUACCCACGCAUCUCUGUGGACGGGGUGGCUCCGGUCUUUGACAACAUCAUGAGCCAGAAGAAGGUGGACAAGAACGUCUUCUCCUUCUACCUGAACAGGAACCCGGACACUCAGCCGGGAGGCGAGCUGCUCCUCGGAGGAACCGACCCCAAAUACUACACCGGUGACUUCCACUACGUCAACAUCACCCGCCAGGCCUACUGGCAGAUCCACAUGGACGGGUUGGCAGUGGGCAGCCAGCUGACUCUGUGCAAAAGCGGCUGCGAGGCCAUCGUGGACACCGGGACGUCUCUGAUCACCGGCCCCGCGGCGGAGGUCAGGAGUCUGCAGAAGGCCAUCGGAGCCAUCCCUCUCAUCCAGGGAGAGUACAUGGUGAGCUGUGACAAGGUCCCAUCGCUCCCCGUCAUCACCUUCAACGUGGGCGGGCAGUCGUACAGUCUGACCGGAGAGCAGUACAUCCUGAAGGAAACUCAGGCUGGAAAGACCAUCUGUCUGAGCGGCUUCAUGGGUCUGGACAUCCCUCCCCCAGCCGGGCCCCUGUGGAUUCUGGGAGAUGUAUUCAUCGGGCAGUACUACACCGUCUUCGAUCGAGAGAGCAACCGAGUGGGCUUCGCCAAGUCCAAAUAAUAAUAAUAAUAAUAAUAAUAAUAAGCACAUCCUGCGCUAGAGCGACGUGUUCCAAGUGUAAAACCUAAAGAAAAAAAAAACAAAAAUCCAAGUUCUUGGAGAGAAAAAGUUGCUGCACACGUUUUCUGUUGCUUUGCAAUCAACAAGUAUUUAGCAAUAGAUUUUGUGUAGCGCCUAAAUGCACUGAUCUGAAGAGUUCGGACGGUUUCCGCGUGUGUGACGCAGACUUUGAAGAUUCGACAGGCUGUGUGACGGGUGAACAUGAUCAGGGAUCAGCUUGUUGUCGUUGUGUGGGGUACUGCCCUUUUUAAAACAUCCGUGAUCUUUUUAUUCUUUUUUUUUUCUUUUUAAAUCAGGGAUUUCAUUUUAAAACAAACUCUUAAUUUGCAUUUUAGGAGGAAGUCGUUCCUCUACUACUGACUGAGAUGUAUCUUAAUAUGAUUGGCAUGAAUAAACCGUUUUUAAAAGAA